AUGGCACCAUUCGAGGAUGAUUACGUUCCAACGCUCAAGAUCCUGCUCAUUGGCAACUCCUCGGUAGGAAAGAGCGCAUUGAUGUUGAGGUUCACAAAUGACAUGUGGGCACCCGAAGAGAGUUCGACAACUAUCGGGGUUGACUUCAAAGUCAAGAUGGUUAUGGUGGGUGGCAAGCCAUAUAAGUUGACCGUAUGGGACACGGCCGGUCAAGAACGGUUUCGUACGCUCACGAAAUCUUAUUACAGAAAUGCACAGGCUGUUCUUGUAGAUAUAACCAAUAGGGCAACAUUCGAGGAGCUACCACGGUGGUUAAAAGAGCUUGAAGCCAAUACAGCAAGUGACAUUGUGAAGGUCUUGGUCGGCAACAAACUCGAUAAGGACUCAUCGCGUGCCGUGACCACAGAAGAAGGAGAGGACAUGGCUGACCGGUAUAAUGUCGGGUUUCUUGAAGCAUCAGCUAAGUCAAACACACACGUCAAGGAGUGCUUCAUGGAGAUGGUUGAAACGAUCAUUGAGACACCUACGUUAUGGGGACAGUCUACAACAGGGUUGCUACUUCCAAGAGGCGAUGAUAUUCUUGAAUUGGAAGCUGCAAGGGAGGAGAACGGCGGACUCAGUCUAUGUCAAUGCUAA